AUGAAUAUUAAAUACAAAACUCCAAAUUUACUAACUUUGUUGUUACUGGUUUGCUUCAUAACUGUUUCAAGACAUAACAGCCACGGAGUAUCUAAAUAUAUGGGCACUUCUAUUAGUCUACUUAGAUAUAAAGACAAUAUGGAUUACUACGAAUUUAGUGAAAAUAUACCAAAAGAUAUUGAAUACAAUUAUAUUUUAGUUGGAGGAGGAGUAUCAGCCCUUAUAUCAGCAAGAAGUAUUUUGGAAAGUCUUAAUAACGAAAAAAUAAAUAUUUUGCUUGUUGAGAGAGGAUCGAAAUACAUACAAAAUAAUUCGGAUAAUAAAUAUAAUCCACUUGAGCAAUUAUCAGAGGAUAUAAUAACAAGUGAUGGAUUUGUUAUUAAACAGUCUAAAGUGGAAGGUGGAGUAACAAGUUAUGGUAGUGUGCCUUUUAUCCCAGAAGAUCCUGUGGAAGGUAAUUACUAUAAUAGCAUAGAAAGUCACUGGGAUAAGCAAAGGCUUCAAGAAGCAUAUGAAUAUGUUAAAAGUGUGGGAGAUCUUGUACAACCAAAUAUUCAAACUUCAUGGGUAAUAUCUCUAGAGCGUGCAUUUAAUGAAAGUAGAACAUUUCCUAUAGAUUAUGAUAGAUAUCAGGUUCAUCACAAUAAACUAUAUUAUCCAACGAAUGAAAAUCAGAUUUUAAAAGACCAAGAGUAUUUAGAUCAAAGUUCAUCUCAUUUAGUUCCUCACACCUUUGUAACAUAUGGAUUUAGACGUGGUAGUAGUAGAAGAAGUGCAACUAAUUUGCUCAACGCUAAGUAUUUAUAUAACCAAGGAAUAACAUUGUACAAAAAGUACAAUUUCACUGUAGAAGAAGUAGAACUAGUAGAAUUGAAGAAUAAACUGAAUGAUAACGAUAAAAACUCGUCUUUUUUUGCUAAGUGUAUACUUGGACGAGAGUCUUCUAGUAGUAGGAAAAUAGUCAAGUACUGCGUUAAAGAUACUACUGGGCGUAUCAUCCUUGCUGCAGGAGCAAUAAAUACACCAAUAAUAUUACAAAAAAGUGGAAUAGGGUCGGCUGAGAUGGUGAGGAGUGCUAAUCCAAGAUUACAAAGUCCAUUAAUCAGAAAUGAGCAUAUAGGAAAGAAUCUAAAAGACCAUCCCGCACUUCAUGUUUUUGGAGUAUUUAGAAGUAUUGAACUACCACAGAAAUAUUUACCAAGUUCUGAUGCACUAUUCUCUACCAAGUCAUUUGGAUCAGAGUGUGUUAGGACUUCUGACAAAGACGAUAUUUUUCAUGGAUGUAAAACAGUAGCUAUAUCAGAGUUUGAAGGUUUUAAUAAAAUGGAUCUUUUGCAUAGAAAAAACAUAAAUUAUGAAGGAAAUAAUUAUAAAGAUAAUUUCAUCCAAAUAGCAGAGCAAUGUAAUUCAUUGAUUAGAGGUGUUUCAAUAUAUGCUGCAGAGCCCUAUAGUAGGGGUGAAGUUGUGUGGGAUGCAAUGUUUGGAAAGCCAAUUGUCCACCUUGGACUUUUAGACGACCUGAGAGAUAUACAAACAAUGGAAGCUGCAUAUAGACGUAUUCUCCGUAUAUUUAGAUCUGCAAGUAUUACUUCACUUUUGCUAUCAAAACCUGUUCCAAAUUCUAAUAAGAAUGAAAGUUUAAUAGAAACUAACUUUUUUGAUAAUUCUAGAAGCAUUUCUAAUUUAUUUAAUUUUACAAAAUCUGAAAAUAACUAUAGAAAUGAUGGUAACAAAAAAAUAUUUCAUCAGAAUCAAAUGAGAACCAUUUAUGAUAUCUGUAGUUUGGUUAUUAAUAAUGCUGCUAGCGAAAGAAAAAGUGCAAUAAUGAGACUUAGUGAAACAUUUAGAUCAGAACAGUUCAAAAGUUCCUCAAAUUUAUCUAGAAAUUUAACACAUAAUGCAGGAAUUCUAAAUAGGGGGACUAGAUUCUUCAACAAUUCGAAAACAGAAAAGCAGUACUAUGAACCGAGUUUGGAAGAUCAUCUCCCUCUUUUAAUACCUUCAGUACCUCAACAUCCGGAGGAAAUGAGGCAAUUUGUCAUUGAUCAGAUCACUCCUAGUAAUCAUUUCACAGGAACUACAGCUAUAAACUUAGUUGUUGACCCUGAAUGUUUUAAUGUGAAGGGUGUGCGUAAUCUACAUAUACUUGAUAGUGGUAUAUUAAGCAGGCCGACGCAUGCUCAUCCAGUAGCAACAACAAUGGUUCUUAGUAGGUACGCAAUGGUCAAUAUUUUAGGUAGUGAACCAAAUUGCAAACUUGAGUUACAAAGUAAUCAGGGCGACGUACACCACAUUAAUGCUGUAGAAAAGAAUGUAGAUGCAAAUACAACUUUAUAUAGCUAA